AUGUGGUUAGUCAGUGAGCGUCGGGGCCGCGCCGACGGCGAGCACGGCGGACACGGCGGGCACGGCACGCACGGCGAGGGCUCGGAGCACGAAACGCGAGGCGCGGGAGAACCGCGCUGCUCGCUACAGCGCGCCGGCUACAGCACGGUGGAGUUCAAGAGCUCGGCGUGCGCGGGGGCCGCGGAGCCGCCCGCGCCGCCGCUCUCCGCGCUGCCGGACCCCCAGCAGUUCAACAUCUUCCCGGCCUUCUUCAGCCGCCAGCUCAACUUCACAGGCGGCGGUGGCUGCGCCCAGGGCGCUAAGAUCAUGGAGGAGCUGCGACCCAACCUCGUGGGGGGACUUCUCGGGGUGCCGGGUCUACUCGACGAGCACCAGAGCGAUGCCAAGUUCCUUCCAUCGGGCGUCGAGAGCAAAUACACACCAGACAAGGGACGGAAAUGUAGCAACGCAUCAUCGUCUUCCGCCGAGGAGUUUGGCGGCCUGUACGGCGGAGACCACGCGGCAACGCCGCCCGCACCUCUAAGCCGAUCUUUACAAGAUCACUCAGAAGGCGCGUUCAAGAAGUUAAAACCUGAGCCGGGCGGGUCUGGCGGCGGGGGCUCCACGUCCGCGCUGUCGCCGGCGCUGGGCCCGCAACACGCCGGCCACACGCCUACCACUGCCUCGUGCCCCACGCCAGCCAGGCGGAGGCAUAGGACUACUUUUACACAGGAACAAUUAGCGGAAUUAGAAGCAGCAUUCGCGAAGUCUCACUACCCCGACAUCUACUGCAGAGAAGAGCUCGCGAGGACAACCAAACUCAAUGAGGCUAGAAUACAGGUAUGGUUUCAAAACCGUCGCGCGAAAUACCGUAAGCAAGAGAAGCAGCUGCAGAAGGCGCUGGCGCCGGCCGUGCUGCCAGGCUGCAACGGCAUGAUGCGCAACAUACAGGGCUAUCGUGGCUACCAGCCCUACCCGCAUCCUAACACCAUCAAUAGAUAUCCACAGCAUCACGGCAGCUACGAAGAGUUGCAGAAGGAUAUAUUCUCGCUGUCGCAAAUGGGAGGCGGCUCGUAUCCCAUGCCACAGGGUUUCUCUAUGGGCCACGGUGCCAACAUGUCCGCCGUAGGGAUGCGGCAAGACGCCAUGGGUAUGAGUGCUGAGGACGAAUGGUACAACAAAUCGCUAUCCGCGCUACGAAUGAACAGCGGCCACCAUGCGAACCUAGCCGCUGCACCCAUGCUGCAAUACCAGACCUAA